AUGAAAUCCGAAUUGAAAAAACCAGUUUCGGAAACGAGAAAGAUCCGCAAGCCGUUGAUGGAGAAGAAACGUCGUGCCCGGAUCAACGAUAGUCUGGAGGUCCUGAAACGGAUCCUGCUCGAGUCCAAAUCGUCCCUAAAAGAUGGAGGCAAAAAUGGACAAAGAACUGCCAAACUGGAAAAGGCUGACAUCCUGGAGAUGACCGUGCAGUACCUGCAAAGUUUGCAUUGUAAACUAAACGAGCUACAAGAAGUUGCUUCAGGAACAAAAAAGGAGGCGAAUAAUAUAUGUGCUAGUGAAAAUAAUAUUAGGGUGGCCCUGUAUCCUUCCAGGAUCCCCCAGGGGGAUUAUAUUGUGUUCCUGCCUACUGAGUCCAAGAAGGAUUCUAUUGAUAGCAUGAACGUUUGGAGGCCCUGGUAG